AUGGAUUCCGCAGAGCCUGAUGGCAUGGAACCCAUUGCUGUAGUAGGCCUGGGCUGUCGUUUCCCAGGUGACGCGACCUCGCCAACGGCACUCUGGGACAUGCUCACACGCGGCGAGAGCGCUUGGUCGGAAUUUCCUGAGGAUCGUGUGAACAUAUCCAGCUACUUCCACCCUAGUGGCAACAGACAAGGCAGCAUUUGCUUCCGCGGUGCUCACUUCCUCAAGCAAGAUGUGGCAGCCUUCGAUAGCUCGUUCUUCUCUAUUCCCGCAGAUGAAGCAAAAGCGGUCGACCCGCAGCAGCGUAUGCUUCUCGAGGUCGCCGUUGAAGCAUUGGACAAUGCCGGCGUCGAUCGUACCGCAUUCCGAAAGUCAGAGACUGGAGUGUGGGUUGGAUCAUUCGUCAAAGACUAUGAGCAAAUCGUGCUUCGAGAUCCGGACAACUCGCCGAUCUAUGGCGCCACCGGAAAUGGCAUUGCGAUCAUGUCCAAUCGCAUAUCAUACUUCCUUGACGUCAACGGACCUAGCAUGACAAUCGACACCGGCUGCAGUGCAAGCUUGGUGUGUGUUCAUAAUGCGUGUCAAGCCCUGCGUGACGGGGAAAUCAAUGUUGGCCUUGCUGGUGGUGCCGGUUUGAUCUUGACACCCAACACCAUGAUGCCUAUGACUGCCUUGAACUUCCUCAGUCCAGAUGGCAAGUGCUACACCUUCGAUGCUCGUGCCAAUGGAUACGGCCGAGGUGAAGGAAUUGGCAUCGUCGUCCUGAAGAGACUCAGUGACGCCAUUCGCGACAAUGACAACAUUCGUGCUGUCAUUCGAGGAUCGCGAGUCAACCAAGACGGUCGAACCCCCGGCAUUACGCUCCCCAGCUCGGAGGCGCAAACUCGCAAUAUACGCGGCGUAUAUAAGCGAGCCAAGCUUGACUUUGACAGAACAGCCUUUGUGGAAUGCCAUGGUACCGGAACGCAGGCUGGCGACGUAAGAGAGCUCAAGGCUAUCUCGAGUGCUCUUUGUGGCCAACGCCCAACCGAUCGACCCAUGUAUGUGGGGUCUAUCAAGACGAACAUUGGUCAUCUUGAAGGGUGCGCAGGCAUCGCAGGACUGAUCAAAGGUAUCCUUACUGUGGAACACGGCAUCAUACCCAAGCACCUCAACUUUGAAGCACCUGGCAACUCUGUUAUAGACUUUGAGGGUUGGAAAGUAAAGGUCCCAGUCGAAAAUACGCCAUGGCCAGUCGACGGAUUAAGACGCGCCAGCAUUAACUGCUUCGGUUUCGGUGGAACCAACGCUCAUGUCAUCAUCGAUGACACUGCUCACUACCUUGCGGAGCGUGGUCUGACUGCGCAUCACAGUACGGCCAUUCUUGAAGACAUGAGGGAUCCUUCGCUGAGCUACGUGCUCGUUAAAACCACACUUGACGCCAUCAAGACGCGAGCGACUGCUCUUAGCAAGCGAGCUAGAGGUUCUGUCGUGCCAAGGCGCGAUGAGAAGUCGCAUCUGUUUGUGUUUUCAGCCCAUGAGCAACGAGCGCUUUCGCGAAUCAUCGAGAAUCAGAUUAACUACCUUAAGGACCAUCUUCACAAGCACCAGAACAAUGUAGGCCCCGGCUUCCUGGAAGAUCUUGCCUAUACACUCGGCUGUCGACGAACCAAAAUGCAAUGGAGGGUCGCGAUUGCAGCGCAAGACACAGAUGAUCUCAUUGACAAACUGCGAGCGGCUGAUAAAUCUGGCUUUAUUCGGACAUCCGAAGACAAAACGGCCAGCGUCGCAUUCGUCUUUGGCGGGCAAGGGGCACAGUGGUUCGCCAUGGGCCGAGAGCUGAUGGGCUUCGACAUCUUCAUGCAGUCCAUUGUAUGCGCGUCUGAUUACUUGAGUGAUAAACUGAACAGCCCUUUUAGCCUUAUUGCCGAAUUGCUGAAGGACGAACACUCCACCAACGUCAAUGAACCGCAUAUUUCCCAGCCGACUACCACUGCCAUUCAGGUCGCCCUAGUGGAUCUUGUCGUUCGACACUACGGAGUCACCCCAGCCUCUGUGGUUGGUCACUCCUCCGGAGAAAUUGCCGCCGCUUAUGCCAUGGGCGCCAUCUCUCGAGAAAUGGCUUGGGAGCUCGCUUACUACCGCGGCCUUUGCGCGAAAUAUUUGGCGGACGCUGAUGCAGAGACCAAAGGCCAAAUGCUUGCGGUCGGUCUCGGGUUCUCCGAGGUUCAGGUAUACGUGGACAGAGUCGAGACUGGCAAGGUGGUGGUCGCUUGCAUCAACAGCCCUGUGUCGGUAACUCUCUCGGGCGACAGUGGUGACAUUAUGGAGGUCCAGCGCAUGUUGCACGAUGACGGCGUGUUCAACCGGUUGCUUGUCGUGAACGUCGCCUACCAUUCUCACCACAUGCUACGUUGCGUGGAAAAGUACUUCGAGCUCAUUGCGCACCUGAAACCGAGACAACCUGCCCGUAAGCCGGUUAUACAUCCUCAUGCUCGUGGAAAACCCGUAAAUGCUUCAGAUAUUGAGUCUGAAUCACCAGAACUCUUACAGGACCCGUCAGGCGACAUCCCAGUGAUGUUCUCCUCUGUUUCUGGAAGUGCCGUGGACUGGACUGAACUGGGCCCUCUGUACUGGGUCUCCAAUAUGGUGUCACCUGUGCGCUUUUCCGCGGCCAUGACGGCAAUGAUGCAUCGUGCCGAUGGGAAAAAGCCCGACAUGAUCCUCGAACUCGGUCCACAUGCCACACUCCAGAGUCCCAUUCAGCAGAUCUUCGAGGCAGAUCCGAAAGUUAAACACGCACCGGUUUACUUCUCAAUGCUGCGUCGGAAUAAACCAGCUACGAUGACCGCUCUUCAAGCCAUAGGCGAGCUAUGGAAUCGUGGCUGCAACGUGGAGAUGGCGUGGGUUGUCAUGCGAAACAUAUCAUUUCGUCGCCCGAAGUUGAUCACUGAUCUGCCCAACUAUCCUUGGAACCAUGAGAUAGCGUAUUGGCAUGAAUCCCAUCUUUCGCGAGCCAAUCGGUUUCAAGUCCACGGAAGAUACGAUCUUAUUGGCCGUCCAACAGCAGAUUCCGUUCCCUUUCAACCCCGUUGGCGAGGCUUCCUUCGCGUCCAGGAGAACCCAUGGAUCGAGCAUCAUCAAGUACAGAAGACUACACUUUAUCCAGCUGCAGGUAUGGUGGCAAUGGUAAUUGAGGGUGCCAAGCAGAUGGCACCGGGCUCGUUCGCUGGCAUCGAACUUUCCCAGUUUAGGAUCGACAAGGCUAUGAUUAUCCCAUCGAGUUCCCACGGCUUAGAGUAUGCCCUGAAUAUGAGCAAGCACGAGGAUGAAACUCGAAAUAGGCCAAGAAAGUCGAGUUAUUCUGCUCCUACAUCAACGGCACCGGUGACAUAUGACUUCAGUAUCUACUCCAAGCCCCUCGAUGCUGCCUGGCAGCAACAUGGCCGCGGUUUGGUUACCAUCCACAACAGUCACUCGCCGCAUCAACUCGACGGACACGCUGCGAAGGAGAGAGCCCUAAAAGCAGAGCGCUACUACAAUGCUUACUUGGAAUCCAAGAAGAUUUGCGACGAGUUUGUCAUCCCGCGCCAACUCUACGAAACACUUGAUGUCAUUGGAAUGAACUAUGGCCCCCUCUUCCAGAACAUUACCUCUCUCCAGAAGCGCGAUAACAAAUGCAAUUUCACUGUCCGCAUACCAGACACCAAGUCCGUUAUGCCGGCGGGCUUCGAGUUCCCUCACAUCAUCCACCCAGCCACACUAGACGGCAUCUUUCAGACUGCCUUCAGCAUGGGUGACGAUUCAAUGGUUCCUUCAUACAUUGGAAGCAUUUAUAUUUCUGCAGACCCCUUGCUUCCCACCCAAGCUGGCACCGAAUUGGUGGGACACGCUACCGCUGCCCGCAAGACCUUCCGCGAUGCAACUGUGUCCUUCGUCGUAGCUGACGAAUCAUGGAAGAGUCCAACCUUGGCUGUCAGACAGAAGCCACUCAUAGUCAUCAAAGAUAUGACCUUCACAGCUCUGAUUACCAGCCCCAACGGUGGCGAUGGUGUGUUUUUGCCGAAUCACCACAACCUCUGUUCUGAAAUCAUAUGGGAGCCACAGCCUGCAGAUGCUGUAACCGAGAACCAAAUAUCCGGCCAGUCUGACCUUCCCGUGGAGUUGGAAGGCGGCGUGUUCUUGUUGAUUCCAGACUUGAAGAGUCCAGCUCUUAACAAGGUUUGCAAUGCGAUAAUGAAGAAACUGGUCAAAUGCCAGGUCCGCAACGUGGCAAGCAUCGGAGACGGUAAAGACCUUCCUGCCUACUGCUUGUCGCUACUGGAGGCCUUUUCGGAUCAAUACUUCCUCUGGAAAUGGUCAGAAGACAACUUCUUGGCUUUCCGAACUUUGGUGAACUCAACCAAGGGUUUGUUCUGGGUUACGCGAGGAGCCCAGGUUGAUUCGGUGGAUCCUCAAGCUGCGCUGUUUCAAGCCAUGGCAUGUACGCUUCACUCGGAAGACCUGAAGAAACACUUGGUGUCUUACGACCUGAGCCACGAUUCUGAGCUUGAAUCAAAUGACGCCAUAGAUAUGAUCAAAAGCCUGUUUUUGAAGUCGUUCUCUCCUUCACAUCAAGCCAAAUACCGAGAGACCGAGUAUGCCGCGCGAGGAGGUCAGCUGUUGGUACCCAGACUUAUUCCAAUCAAUUCACUCAACAGAAUGAUUGAACAGGGAUCAACAGGGCCCGAACCUGCGUUACAGAUGAUGAACCAGCAGCGAGGUCGACCCCUCGAGCUGAAGGUUCGAGAGAUUGGUAAACCUGACAGCCUAUACUGGGCAGACGAUAGCCAUGCCGACCUGCCCCUAGCCUUGUAUGAGGUAAAGAUUAAGGUCUUGUCCGUUGGCCUGAGCGUUCUCGACAUUGACAUCGUUAUGGGUCGUGGAAGGGAUAACUCAAUUGGCACUGAUGUCUACGGAAUCGUUGAGGCAGUCGGUAAUGAUGUCCACGGUCUCAAUAUUGGCGCCCGAGUGCUUGCGAUUGCCCGAGGUUCCUUCAGAACACAUAUCAGCUGCCACCAAUGCCUCGUGCAGCAAGUCUCGGAUGAUAUUGACGACCCCUCUGUCGUUGUCCUCCCCACAAGUAUGGCCGUUGCUGAUUACGCACUGUACGCGACCGCUCGUCUCAAAUCUUACCAGACCGUCCUGGUUCAUGCCGGUGGAGGUUCUUUCGGCCAAGCUGCAAUUCGCAUGGCCAAAUUUAUCGGUGCCCGGGUGUUUGCAACGGUGAGAAAUGAUGAGCAACGCCACCUACUGAGAGAAUAUUAUCAGUUGCCUGAUGAUUGGAUUCUUGACGCAAACAACACUUCGUUUACUGAAUCAAUCAUGCGUUUGACCCAUAACGAGGGUGUAAAUGUCAUUUUUGAUCCCACUGCAGAGUAUCGCGACCUGAACCAUGCUUGUGUAGCUCAUUCGGGGCAUAUCGUCUGCUUUACAAAGAGAGACAUGACAAGCGGCACAACUGUCGAUUUUACCGGCAAGACGUUCACUUCUAAUGUCCUCGACCUAGCCUACCUCAUCAAGCAUCAACCCCGACGAUUGGGAGAGUCGUUCCAGUUCUUGUGCUCGUUCGACCUCAAAGAGUGGAUGCCGCCACUGGUUACCAAGUGCGACUAUGACGACUUACCAAAAGCCAUCGGGGCGUGCGGUGAAGAUAGUCACUGUGGCCCGACAUACUGUCAGCCGUCGGAGUCCAAACCUGUCCCCAUCCUUCCUCCUCGGCCCCAUCCAGUGAGCAAAUAUCUUCAUGAAGAUGCUACCUAUGUUCUCGCGGGUCAAGGUGGCCUCGGAAUGCAGAUUGCGAAGCUGCUGGCAUCGUACGGCGUCAAGAACAUCGCUCUCCUUUCUCGUUCUGGAGCGAGCAGUGAAACUUCUCAGAUGUGCCUUGCCUUUCUCAAAAACAGAGGGGUCAAUGUCAGUGUGAUGAAGGUGGAUCUUUGCGACAGAGACUCUUUGGCGACAGUUGUCGCGGACAUCAAACGAACCAUGCCACCCAUCAAGGGUCUCUUUCAGUGUGCUGCCAAAAUCCGCGACGCUGUCUUCGACAAUAUGACGCAUGAUGACUGGGAUGCAGCGACAGGUCCAAAGACCAAGGGAUCCAUGCAUCUCUACGAGCUUUUCCCACGAGACAUGGACUUCUUCAUCUUCCUAUCAUCCUCGGCUGGAGUCAUCGGCAACCGCGGCCAAGCCAACUAUGCCGUGGGAAACGCAUUCCAAGAUGCACUUGCCAGGCACAUCGACGCAAAGGGCCAAAUGCGGUCCGUCUCCAUUGAUCUCGGUCCCGUCCUCGGCGCCGGUAUGCUCGCUGAAGACCCUGCCACCCUCGACAAGCUCAAGGCCAGCGGCUUCUUCGGCAUCCGUUUGAAAGACUUCGAGCGGGUUGUAGAGCGCGCUAUUACAGGUUACACGGUCGGAGAUGAGCGUAUUCCUCCCCAGGUCGUAAUCGGCGUCGGUACUGGCGGCCUUAUCCGCCAGAACAAGCCUGCAGACCCCUACUGGACGCGCACGGCGCUUUUCUCGCACCUCAACAAGGUUGAUAUGCCUCCCGAGUCUGAGUCCACCGCAGCGGAAGGUUCUAGCGCGGAGAAAAGCGUCAAGUUCCUGCUGUCGCAAGUCACCGACACUGAAGAUGCACAGGUUAUCGUCUGCAAGGGUCUGAUGCAUAUGCUUGCGCAAAGUAUGAACAUGAAGGUCGACGAUGUUGACGAGGGUAAGCCGCUCAGUGCCUAUGGCGUGGACUCGCUCGUUGCUGUCGGAGUCCGCAACUGGGUCUUCAGAGAGUGCGGAGUCGAUGUCUCCGUCUUUGAAGUGCUCAGUGACUCGAGCAUUGCCGAGCUGAGCGCCAAGAUUGUUAAGAAGUAG